AUGGGAAACUGUGAAAGGAAUAAUGGUGAAGUGAGGCAAUAUACGAGAUCAAAAGUUCCUCGUUUGAGAUGGACACCCCAUCUUCAUCAAUGUUUUCUUCUUGCUAUUCAAAAACUUGGAGGCCAUGACAAAGCUACACCUAAGCUUCUUCUUCAGAUGAUGGAUGUGAGAGGACUUACAAUAUCUCAUGUCAAAAGUCAUCUCCAGAUGUACAGAAGCAUGAAGAGUGAUAUCAACUGGCAAGGAGAAAGAAGCAAAAGUCAACAUGCAGGAAAAUUACAGUCCCUAGAAGAUGAUCAUUCUCAUCAUCAACAACAAGAAGUAUGUGUUAAACAAGAAAAAGUUUUGACAUAUCAUUCAUGUUGUAGCCCCACCAUUAAAAGAUCAGAAUCUCCAUUCCUUUACAAUAUUCCUCUUCUGCCCACUAAAAGAUGGCAACAGAUUUGUGAUACACAAAGAGAAGCAGUAGUUCCCGUGUCACUCCAUGUUUUUCAGAGUUCUAAUCUUCUUACCAAUGCUGUUCAAGAAUCUGAAAAUUUUAAGUUGUCCAUGCAAGAGGACGAGAACUGGAAAUCAUCAAAGAAGCGUAAAUUUGAGAGGUUGAGAAAGAUAAAGAAUGGAGAAGAAGAAGAUAGUUGUAGAUUGUCAUUGUCUCUCUCAUUGCAACAUCCUUGUGCUCAAAGAAGCAGUACUUCAGCUUCUACAAAUGAGGCAAUCUCAGACUGUAACCACUGGAAUUCUUCCUCAGAAAAGCAUAGUCUCAAUCUUGACCUAUCUAUUGCCUUGUCGUGACUCGUGAG